CUCCCAUCACACACACCACAGAUGUUGUAGAUCAAGCCCUCCAAGUUUCUCUCUUGCAGACUGUCGUGUCAAUACUUGUUGAGCAGCAGUGUGGCAGUGAACUAGGAGGUGAAUGCAGUCAAGCUUUUCUGAAACACUGGGGUUGUUGGUGUGGCCAAAUUUUCCCUGGAUUUGAUUGGUAAAUUCAGAAGACUGAAGCCCAGGCUCACAGUCUACCUUUCACGGAGGCCCAGCCGUGAGAGGACUGAGGAAGGCACGUGGCGGAUCAUGACGGCCGACAAAGAGAAGGAGAGGGAGAAAGAGCGGGACAGAGACAGAGACAGGGACCGGGACAAGAAAGAGUCAGGCAAGUCCCGCCGACUGGACGGGGACCGGGGAGACCGUGAAAGUGAGAGCUCCAGGCCCCGGCGCAGCUGUACGCUGGAGGGCGGGGCCAAGAACUAUGCCGAGAGCGAUCACAGCGAAGAUGAGGACAACGACAAUGGCAGCACGGGCGGAGGCAGCGGCACAGCCGAGGAUGCCGGCAAAAAGGGCAAGAAGAAGACGCCCAAGAAGAAGUCACGCUACGAGCGUACAGAGAACGGGGAAAUAACAUCCUUCAUCACAGAAGACGAUGUUGUUUACAGAUCUGGAGAUUGUGUGUACAUUGAGAGUCGGCGGCCCAACACACCCUACUUCAUUUGUAGCAUUCAGGAUUUCAAGCUGAGUAAACGGGACCAUCUGCUGAUGAAUGUGAAAUGGUACUACCGCCAGUCAGAGGUGCCCGACUCUGUGUACCAGCACCUGGUGCAGGAUCGCAACAAUGAGAACGACUCUGGCCGGGAGCUGAUUAUCACAGACCCAGUGGUCAGGAGUCGAGAACUCUUCAUCUCUGACUAUGUGGACACUUAUCAUGCUGCUGCUCUCAGGGGGAAGUGCAACAUUUCCCAUUUCUCCGACAUUUUUGCUGCCAAGGAGUUCAAAGCCCGCAUCGACUCCUUUUUCUAUAUCCUCGGAUAUAACCCAGAGACCAGGCGGCUAAACAGCACGCAAGGAGAAAUCCGAGUGGGACCGAGUCACCAAGCUAAGCUUCCGGAACUACAGCCUUUCCCCUCCCCUGGUGGCCAGGCUGUCACUGAGAAUGAGGAGCUGGUUUGGAUGCCAGGGGUCAAUGACUGUGACCUUCUCAUGUACCUCAGAGCUGCAAGGAGCAUGGCUGCCUUUGCAGGGAUGUGUGACGGAGGCUCGACAGAAGACGGGUGUCUAGCAGCCUCUCGAGAUGACACUACAUUAAACGCACUUAACACUCUUCAUGAGAGCAGCUAUGAUGCAGGCAAGGCUCUCCAGCGCUUGGUGAAGAAGCCAGUACCCAAACUGAUAGAGAAGUGCUGGUCUGAUGAUGAAGUGAAGCGCUUCAUUAAAGGAUUGAGACAGUUCGGCAAAAACUUCUUCAGGAUCCGGAAAGAGCUGCUGCCCAACAAAGAAACGGGAGAGCUAAUUACCUUCUACUACUAUUGGAAGAAGACCCCAGAAGCAGCCAGUUGUCGAGCCCACCGCAGACACCGCCGCCAGCCCGUCUUUCGCCGCAUCAAGACACGAACUGCUUCAACUCCUGUCAACACUCCCUCACGUCCUCCCUCCAGCGAGUUCUUGGACCUCAGCUCAGCCAGUGAAGAUGACUUUGACAGCGAAGACAGCGAACAGGAGCUGAAGGGCUACGCCUGCCGCCACUGUUUCACUACCACCUCCAAGGACUGGCACCACGGGGGCCGGGAGAACAUCUUGCUGUGCACAGACUGCCGUAUUCACUUCAAGAAGUACGGUGAGCUGCCCCCCAUCGAGAAGCCUGUGGACCCGCCACCAUUUAUGUUCAAACCUGUCAAAGAGGAAGAGGAUGGACUCAGCGGGAAGCAUAGCAUGAGGACCCGACGGAACCGAGGCUCGAUGUCAACACUACGUAGUGGUCGUAAGAAGCAGACAGCAAGUCCCGAUGGCCGAGCCUCCCCUACUAACGAGGAUCUGCGCUCCAGCGGACGUACCUCACCCAGCGCGGCGAGUACCGACAGCACCGACAGCAAGACAGACUCCAUGAAGAAGCCAAGCAAGAAGAUUAAAGAGGAGCCUCCUUCACCUAUGAAAAGUGCCAAACGGCAGCGAGAGAAGGGAGCGUCAGACACAGAGGAGUCUGAUAGAACCAUUGCCAAAAAGUCCAAGACACAAGAGCUCAAUCGACCAGACUCGCCCUCAGAGUUCGAGGGUGAAGGCGAGGGAGAGGGCGAGAGCUCUGAUGGGCGCAGCGUCACUGAGGAGCUCAGUAGCGAUCCUAAGGACAUUGACCAGGACAACCGGAGCUCCUCCCCCAGCAUCCCCAGCCCCCGAGACAAUGAGAGCGACUCGGACUCCUCCGCCCAGCAGCAGCAGCUCCUGCAGAGCCAGCACCCUCCGGUCAUCCUGUGUCAGCCAGGCACCUCAGCAGCCUCCUCGGCACCUCCUCCCCCCGCGGCCUCAGCUCCCUCACUGCCCCCACAGCUCUCCCCCACAGCGGCCUCCACCUCUCUACCUCCCCAGAUCCUGCCCCAGCCCAGCCCGAUGUCUCUUAUCCCGUCAGGAGCAUCCCUUCAUCCUCCAAGGCUUCCCUCUCCACAUUCACCUCUGACUCAGGCUCCGCCUCCCGGCCCCCAGGUCCCGCCUCAGUCCUUACCCGGCUCGCACCACGGGCCCAUGCCUCUCAUGCCGCACCCACUGCAGCCUGGCCCCUCACACAUGCCUCACCCUCAUUCCAUGCCCCCCCAGGGCUUCCCUAUAGGUCAGUCUCAGGUCCCGCCCCUGCCAAUGUCUGGCCAAUCACAGCAGAGGUCGCACACCCCUCCUUCCCAGUCGCAGUCAUCAGCUCAGAGUGGAGGGCCGCCUCCCAGAGAGCAGCCCCUGCCCCCCGCCCCGUUGUCCAUGCCUCACAUCAAGCCCCCCCCGACCACGCCCAUCCCUCAGGUGCCCAACCCACAGUCCCACAAACAUCCACCUCACGUGUCUGCGCCUCCGUUUCCUCAGAUGCCUUCGAACCUGCCUCCACCACCUGCCCUCAAGCCACUCAGCUCCUUGUCCAGCCACCACCCUCCGUCAGCACACCCACCUCCCCUGCAGCUCAUGCCUCAGGGGCAGCAGCUCCAGCCCCCCCCAGCCCAGCCUCCAGUUCUCACCCAGUCCCAGAGCCUCCCACCCUCCGCCAGCCACCAGCCUCCUCCAGCCCCCCCACUGCCGCCCUCCGCAGCAGCCUCACACCCCAACGGGCCGCCUCAGCCGCCAUUCUCAUCCCAUCCUUUCAGUACAGUUCUACCUCCAACCGGCCCUCCGUCAUCAUCAUCGUCAUCAUCAUCAUCAUCAUCAUCAUCAAACUCUAUGCCUGGCCUACAGCCUCCAUCUUCCUCCGCUCCAUCCUCCUCCAUCUCCAUGCCGCUGCCUGCCUCAGUCACUUGUGCCGGCCCGGGCCCAGCGCUCCCACCAGUCCACAUCAAAGAGGAGCCGUUGGACGAGACAGAGGAGCCCGAGAGCCCCCCACCCCCACAGAGAAGCCCCUCCCCAGAGCCUACUGUCGUCAAUAUACCCAGCCAUGCCAGCCAGUCAGCACGGUUCUACAAGCACCUGGACCGAGGCUACAACUCAUGUGCGAGGACAGAUUACUACUUCACUCCCCUGGCUUCAUCUAAACUGGCCAAAAAACGAGAGGACGCUCUGGAGAAAGCCAAGAGGGAAGUAGAACAGAAAGCAAGGGAGGAGAAGGAGAGGGAGAGGGAAAAGGAGCGAGAACGAGAGCGGGAACGGGAUAGGGAAGCGGAGCGUGCUGCGAAAGCCUCAAGUUCCUCUCAUGAAGCCAGGAUGUGUGAACCACAGAUGAUGGGCCCCGCCCACAUGCGGCAACACUACGAAGGCCCCCCCACUACGAUUGCAGCUGUGCCUCCAUACAUCGGCCCUGACACCCCCGCCUUGCGCACCCUCAGCGAGUACGCCAGACCCCACGUCAUGUCCCCCACCAAUCGGAACCACCCCUUCUUCGUGUCCCUCAACCCGGCGGACCAGCUGCUGGCCUAUCACAUGCCCAGCUUGUACAACGCUGACCCGGGCAUGCGGGAGCGCGAGCUUCGAGAGCGGGAGAUGCGUGAGAGGGAGAUCCGCGAGAGGGAGCUGAGGGAAAGGAUGAAGCCAGGUUUCGAGGUGAAGCCUCCAGAGAUGGACAACCACCACCAAUCUACAAACCCCAUGGAGCACUUUGCCCGACAUGGGGCCAUCACGUUGCCCCCCAUGGCCGGCCCUCACCCGUUCGCCUCCUUCCACCCAGGCCUGAACCCAUUAGAGCGUGAGCGGCUGGCCCUUGGCGGGCCCCAAAUGCGCUCAGAGAUGAGCUACCCAGAGCGGUUGGCUGCAGAGAGACUCCAUGCUGAGCGGAUGGCCACAGUGGCCAACGACCCCAUCGCCCGGCUACAGAUGUUCAACGUCACGCCGCACCACCACCAGCACUCGCAUAUUCACUCCCACCUACACCUCCACCAGCAAGAUCCUCUUCACCAAGGGGGUGAAUGUCUUGUCUGUCCGUCAGGUUCUGGGGGCCACCCCCUGGGAGUGGACCCCCUGGGAGGCGGACCCCACCUGGCCCGCUUCCCCUACCCGCCCGGCGCCAUCCCCAACGCUCUCCUCGGCCAGCCACACGAACACGAGAUGCUGCGCCACCCAGUCUUCGGUACGCCAUACCCCCGGGAACUACAAGGCGGUCUGCCGCCGCAAAUGUCCGCAGCCCACCAGCUGCAGGCCAUGCAUGCACAGUCAGCGGAGCUCCAGAGGCUGGCCAUGGAGCAGCAGUGGCUCCACGGACACCAUCACAUGCACGGAGGACCACUGCCUGGCCAGGAGGACUACUACAGUCGGCUGAAAAAGGAGAGCGACAAGCAGCUGUAACAGCCGAGGGAGGCGGCGCCACACGGGUGCAGGACACAGGAAGUUGUUACCGAGCGAACUGGCAGAGUUUCUCCAGACUCCUCUUGACACAUUCAGUUUGGAAGAACAGAAAAAGGCCAAGUGGAUCGUCUGAGAAUUCCCCUGAUAUUUUGGUUUUUGUUCUUGUCAAGGACUUUUUUUUUAUUAUUAUUUUUCAAGACAUUGACUUUCUUUGGCAUAUAGCCAGGAGUGACAACGUCCUCAAGACUCCUGCAUGACAAGCUUCCCUGACGUUUUUUGUAGGUGCUAGAACAAGACACUGUGCUUAUCAACAAAAAAAAAGACAACACCGGUCAGGCCGUUUAUUGAAAAAUAACAAGUGCUAUCUUAAAUUCAACAUUUAUUUUAAUACAUUGUUGGAGGUUUUUCAUAAUUUUAAGAAAAGCUACAGCAUGGCGUUUUUUGAGUCUGUAAAUAGUAUAUAUAAACAUAUAAUUAUUAUUAUAAUUAUUAUUAUUACUAGGUGUGGACUCCAAACCAAGUCGUUUCAACCUCCAAUAUAGUUGUUUUGAAGCAUUAUCCCUUGUUUCAGAGGGGAGCACAAUGGCAUUAUAUGAGCAGUUUCUGAGAGAGUUGCCGUUCAGUUGAGACGUUCCUCUGACAUCACUGUGUUAGAUUUAGAUCCGCACACACGGUGUAAACCAUAAACCCCACGCAGCCGCCGCGCCCAUGCACCACACACACCUCUGACACGCCGCAGGUUGUCAGAAUGUGCAAACUCAAUUCGUUGAGUUAAAAACGAUGUGAUACACUUGAAGAGGUGACGCGGCCGUCGACCAGGCGUCUGUGGAGUGCACGCCGGAGCCGGAGUUUAAAAAGAUUAAAAAAUCAAAGCUUGCACUGAAAAGGUUUCCUCCAGCCCCACUCGAUUGGUUUUAGUCCUUUUCUUUAAACAUCAAUAUUUAAGUCAACAUCAUGGAUUGAUGCUUCCAUGACUUUUUUUUUUUUUACAGAGAAUGAUUUUAAUAAUGUGGACAUCAGUAACAUUAGGCUGAAAUGAAGACAUUUUCCUUUAAAUGAAUUGGACUUGAAUUUUAAUGGUGUUCGCUAUGACCAGAGCCUAACAGGACUUUAGGAUUGUUUUUUAAACGCGUGAAUGGUUGCGAGUCGGUGCUCGUUUUGUGUUUUGGUGCUUCACCUGGUGCAGUCGUCCAUGUUUGUUGCAGGGCUCGUGUCAGAGGAAGUGGUCCUCCAGUGCUAUGGGCUGUAAUAACGUUCACUCUGACACUAGAGGGGUCCUGCUGACACACGACCACCAGCAGGUAGACAGUUGACGAGUGUGUGUGUGUGUGUGUGAGAGAGAGAGAGUGUGUGUAUGUUGUCCUCACUAUGUUUUCAUAUGCCUUGGUUCCUGAGGGAUACACACAUUCUCCUGUGUGUUUAUGUGCCACUGACUGUUACCAGUAUUGUUGACGCGUCAUAUCAGUGCACAUGAGCCCAACUUCAUUACUAUUUUUUUAUCCGUGACAUAUUUUCUGCAUUUGUUCUGUGCACUAAGACUGUUUAAACUGUCAUGACAUCUAGAAAACUGUGGCUUUUAUUGUUUAUUUUAACCAAAUGAAGAAACUGUACGUGCAUUUAAAAUGAUCAUAUCUUCUCUCGAAGCACCAUGAUUUACAUUUGAACGGUUUGAAACAUCAUUAAACUCAUUCCCCCUUUUUAAAGAUAAAAAAUCCGAUCUUUAAAGCCCUGACAACAACCUGUCACUCUGUCUUGCCAUCUCCCACUGACUCCUGUCUCUCUUCUGACGAUGUACUCCUCAUCAUCAUCUUCGCCAUCAUCAUCAUCAUCCUUUGCCUCGUUUCCUGAUGAUUCCCUCGCCUUUUACUCCCCACUUUUUGUGUCUCCAAAACCUUUGAUGUUAAGUGUUGUCAAUGGUUUAGCUUCUUGUUUCAAAGCGGCAAUAGCAGAAUGUAAAUUCUGACUGCUAAGAUUUAUAUAUAUACUGGUAUCUUGAAGCUUAUUGUAUAUAUGAGUAGUCGCCAUGGGAUGACACAAUGUAAACAAAAAGUAGAAAUAAUAAGAAAAAUUGUGAGUCCUGUGUUCUCUCCAUUUGAGUAUUUUGUAAUUUUUUUGAAAAAUUUGUGGAAUUAAAAUAAACGACUAAGUUACACCACAA